AUGCUGGAAAACGAUAGCAUUGACAUCCUGGGCAACAGUCCCUUUCUGCACAGGUUAUACACCCAACUGUGCAUUAUCUUCGCCGCAUCCGAGCCAUCAUCGGAAAUUACCGACACCCUAAGAGAUGGACUUGACAGACUCGCAGAAGGGUUUCCAUGGCUUGCUGGAGAAGUCAUCAAUGAAGGCGCCAGUGAAGGGGUCACAGGUACUUACAGAAUUGUACCCUCAAACGAAAAGAUCCCCUUGGUUGUGAAGGACCUUCGUGGUGACGAGUCUGCCCCGAUCCUGGAGAGUCUUCGACAGUCAAAUUACCCAUUCACUAUGCUCGACGAGAAAAUUAUUGCUCCAUGUUUGACUCUCAAUCUCCCUGGAAAUACAAUUGGGUUAGCUGCAACAUCUGCGCCCGUCCUUGCCGUACAGGCGACCUUCAUCACUGGCGGCCUCAUGCUCACGAUAGUGGGUCAGCACAAUGUCAUGGAUAUGACGGGACAAGGACACAUCAUCGACCUGCUCUCCAAGGCUUGUCACAAUCAGGCAUUCACAGCCGAGGAGCUUUCCAUUGGAAAUAUGGAUAGGAGCAAGACUAUCACCCUUCUGGACGAACCAUUUGACCCUGCCGUGGAGCUCAAGCAUCAGUUGGUGAAGCCUCCAUCGCCUGACAAGAAGACUAGCGACACCACAACUCCACCGCCGUCUUCAUGGGCCUACGUCGCCUUCUCAGAAGACUCGCUAGAGGCUCUCAAAACACAAGCAACCCAGACCAAAGAUUCGUCAAGGGCUUUCGUCUCGACCGAUGACGCGGUGUGCGCUUUCAUUUGGAAAUGCACAGCUCGGGCACGUCUGCACCGUCUCGACUCCGGUACUGAAUCUGCCUUUGCACGAGCAGUUGAUGUUCGCCAACGUAUGGGGAUCCCUAGCACUUAUUUAGGCAUGUUCCAAAAUAUGGCAUACAGCAAAGGCAACCUGCAACAUCUCGCCGAGCAACCACUGGGAGCAAUUGCGUCUCAGCUUCGCCGAAAGCUGGAUCCUAAAGUGGUCGACUUGGCCUACAACACCCGCGCUCUCGCUACAUUCCAAUCCCGAUCAGCAGACAAGACGAAAACUUCUGCUACAGCAUGCGUGGAUACUUCAUCUGGUAUUAUGUUGAGCUCCUGGGCUAAGAUCAACACCUUUGGGCUCGAUUUUAAUUUGGGGCUUGGCAAACCGGAGGCUGUUCGCCGGCCAGCAUUUGUUCCGUUCGAGUCUCUGAUGUAUAUUAUGCCUAAAUCGCCGAAUGGAGAGAUGGCGGUUGGAAUCUGUCUUAGAGAUGAAGAUUGGGAGAGGUUAAAGGCGGACGAGGAGUGGGCGAAGUAUGCUACUUAUGUGGGCUGA